UCGGAUACAAGCACGGAGGAAAUUUAAAAGUGAUGAGAUCAACUUUUUCAAAAUGUUGCAUAGGAUUUACUCUUAUAUUCAUGCAUGAAAUAAGUUGGAAAUUGUGUGUAUGAGAAUCUUUACCAUAUUGCAAUAUAAAUUUUGUGUAGAACCAACUUAAAAGUGUAAUUUCUAAUUCAAUUCGCUACAUGAUUAGAACAAAGAGUGUAUUUGGUUUGAAAAGUUAGAACGAGGGUAGAGCUAUUCGAUUUUAAAAAAUGCAAUGCUGUUACAAAAUUAUAAGAUGUUAUGUUUAUUGUGGUAUUUUUAUUGCAGUUUAAUAUUUAAUUAUGUAUUUUAUUUAUAAUUUUAUAUUAUAGUGUAAGAUUUAAUUAAUUAAUAUUGUUGUAAUAUUUUUAUAUAUGUGCUACUUUUUCAUAAAUUUUUUUAUGGAUUUACAUUAAUUAUAACAAAUAUAAGGACCAUAAAAUAAAAUACAAAUAAUUUUAAAAUUAAUAUUGAAAUUUUGUAAACUAUAAAAUAGAAAUCUUUUCGGAAAUACUCAAAGAAUCGAAAACGCUUCGUUUAACUAUUCAACCUAACUACCACACGCUUUCAUCACCUUAUAAAAACGCGACAAAACCAACACGCGUUAGAAACCCUAAAAGCUCAAAACUUGUCUGCAACGAACGACCGACUUACUUAUUCUCCGACAAACACAAGUCCUAAUACUAUUCGGAAACUUGUUUGGUGUUUACUUAAAUCUUCCUUGUUUGUUUUGUCAUAAUAUGAAGCGAAACCGAUCAGAGAAAAAGAAUACAUUCAUCUUUGAGUUUUAUCAAUGGAUCGGAAGAACACGAGCGCGUGUAGAGGAGACGAAGAUCAUCCCUUUGCCUUGUCCUUCAAGGGAGGUGAAAACCCUAAGAAUAAAUCAUAUAAUGUAAGGUUUGAUCUGCUUGGUAUUGAAGAUUACAACGAAGAGGCAGAGGAUGAUGUUAAUGUUGAAUUGAGUGAUGAGUUAAUGCUUGGAAGACAAGUUACCGAAGAAACUAAUAGUAAGAGUGAGGAUCUUGGGGAAAACUCAAGGAGUAAGAAAAAGAAGAAGAACAAGAGUGGAAAGACUGCACAUGAAGAAGAAGAUUUGGACAAGAUUCUUGCAGAACUUGGGAUAACUCCUGUUUCACCAGCACAACCUGAACUAGUUGCACCUUCAGAUUGCUCAAAGGAUGGAGAAGAAGAGACUGUCCUGUCAGCUUCAUCAAAGAAAAGGAAAAAGAAGAAGGACAAGGACAAGAAAGUGUAUGCUUCUUCCGUGGAGGCUAAGGAUGAGCCAUCACAGCCUCAUAAGAAAGUUCCUAAACACAUUCUAGAGAUGCAAGAGAUGGUUGCGCGGAGGAAAGAAGCCGAAGAGAUGAAGAAGAAGGAAGAGGAAGAGAAGCUGAGGAAAGAGGAAGAGGAGCGACGAAUUCAGGAAGAGCGAGAAAGGGAAGCUGAAGAGAUUAAACAGAAGAGGAAGAUAAGGGAAAAGGAGAAGAUGCUGAAGAAGAAGCAAGAGGGAGGGAUUCUAACUGAGAAGCAGAAGAGGGACAAGGCUUUCAAGAACAAGAUGUUGUCUGAUGCUGGAAUGCUUCUUGCUUCAGACAAACAGGGUGAUUCCUCAAAGCGUCCUGUUUACGGCAACAAAAGAAAACCAGCUCGGACAAAAGCAAACGACUCUGGUUCUGUCCAGGUGAAAGAUCAUGCAAAUGUAACAGCUACGUUGCAUGACAUAGAUUCAGCUGUCAAGGAAAAGAAACAAGAAGCUGGUGAUGAGGAGGAUGAUUGGGAAGCAAAAAGUGAUGAUUCUGUUGAUAUAAUGGGUGAUUAUGAUGAUCGGGAAGAUGCACCUUGGCUUGUGGUUAAGAAAGAGAUAAAAGACACUGCUGCAAAGGCCCAUUGUUCAGGUCCUGUCACCUCUGAUAGACUAGCAUUGAAGGCUGAAGUUGCAGACAAGCCAAAAGAAUCUAGACCUAAGGUGGAUGAUGCUACUAGGCCAAAGGAUGCUACUAAAAGGGGUAAUGACUCAGAAGUUAAUGAAGUUGCUAAAGAAAGUCUUCGGUCUCCCAUUUGCUGCAUCAUGGGCCAUGUUGAUACUGGUAAAACCAAGCUGUUGGAUUGCAUCAGAGGAACAAAUGUUCAGGAAGGAGAAGCAGGAGGUAUCACUCAGCAGAUUGGUGCAACUUAUUUCCCUGCAGAAAACAUCCGUGAGAGGACCAAGGAGUUAAGACCUGAUGCAAAACUCAAGGUGCCAGGUCUAUUUGUUAUUGAUACGCCAGGACACGAGUCAUUCUCAAAUCUACGGUCAAGGGGUUCAAACUUGUGUGACAUUGCAAUUCUAGUGGUGGAUAUAAUGCAUGGUCUAGAGCCACAAACUAUAGAGUCUCUUAAUCUUUUGAGAAAGAGGAACACAGAGUUCAUUGUUGCCUUGAAUAAGGUGGAUAGGCUAUAUGGGUGGAAAACAUGCAAGAAUGCUCCUAUAGAGAAGGCUCUGGCACUGCAAUCCAAAGAUGUGGUUAUUGAAUUUAACAUGAGGCUUACUCAGGUUAUAACCCAGUUCAAAGAACAAGGACUCAACACUGAGAUUUAUUACAAGAACAAAGAAAUGGGAGACACUUUCAGUAUUGUGCCUACUAGUGCUAUUAGUGGGGAAGGGAUUCCAGAUAUGUUGCUAUAUUUGGUUAUGUGGUCUCAGAAAACAAUGGUUGAGAAACUUACAUUUGUUGACAAAGUGCAGUGUACCGUCCUUGAGGUCAAAGUUAUUCCAGGCCAUGGUACAACAAUUGAUGUUGUUUUGGUCAACGGUGUACUCCAUGAAGGUGAUCAAAUCGUUGCUUGUGGGUCACAGGGACCAAUUAUAACAACUGUCAGAUCACUAUUGACUCCUCAUCCUAUGAAAGAGCUACGUGUGAAGGGUACAUAUCAGCAUCAUAGAGAAGUAAAGGCUGCGCAAUGUAUCAAGAUAACUGCACAGGGCCUUGAACACGCCGUUGCUGGUACUUCCUUACAUGUGAUUGGACCUGAUGUGGACGUGGACGAAGCCAAGAAAACAGCCAUGGAAGAUAUGAAGUCAGUCAUGAGCUUGGUUGACAAAAGUGGUGAAGGAGUUUACGUACAAGCUUCAACGUUAGGAUCUUUGGAAGCAUUACUAGAGUUCUUGAAGUCACCAGAUGUAAAAAUACCUGUAAGUGGUAUUGGCCUAGGACCAGUGCAUAAAAAGGAUAUCAUGAAGGCCGGUGUAAUGCUAGAGAAGAAGAAAGAGUACGCUACGGUUUUGGCUUUUGACGUGAAGAUAACUACUGAGGCUCGCGAACUAGCUGACAACAUGGGAGUCAAGAUCCUCUCCGCUGAUAUUAUCUAUCAUCUGUUUGAUCAGUUCAAGGGUUAUGUCAAGGAUGUCCGAGAUGAAGAAAGGAAAGAAACAGCAUCUGAAGUAGUGUUUCCAUGUGUCCUUAAGAUUUUACCAAACCAUGUCUUCAAAAGAGGAAACCCAAUCAUCCUUGGAGUCGAGGUCAUCGAUGGUAUACUCAAGGUUGGAACUCCCAUGUGCUUUCUAAAAGAGAUUGGGAAGUCGAGAGUGUUUGUGGACCUUGGUCGAGUUGCAUCUAUUCACAAAGACAAGAAGCCACUUGACGAUGCCAAGAAAGGCCAGCAGGUUGCUAUUAAGAUCGUUGCCUCUAACCCUGGAGAAGAGAAAAUGUUUGGGGAGGACUUUGAUAUAGAAGACGAGCUUGUCAGUCAUAUUUCUAGGAGAUCCAUCGACAUACUCAAAACACUCUACAGGGAUGAGUUGAAGAACGAGUUGAAGCUUGUUUUGAAACUUAAAAUGUUGUUCAAGAUACAAUAGGUUCUUCUUGCCCUCAGAUUCAUUUUCAAGCUAAGCAUAGAGAGUUACACUGAAGAUUUGAGAGGGACAUGCUCGGUUUCCUUUGUUCUUGUAGUCUUUGCUGAUUUAUUGUUGUUUCGGUUUUUUUGAUAUUUUAAACAUUUUCCAAAUGUCCCUAGACAUGUUAUGCGAUCAAUUAACUCUCCCAUUGUGUCUUUAAAAGAUUAUAUGCAGGCUAAUACUAUGGCUGAAUGUUUUCUCGUCUACUGUCAUGUUUUGAUGAAUGUUGUGACAACAUGAAUUUGCUAUAGCCUCUAAUUUUUUUUUUUUUUUGGAAACCUCUAAAUUACUUUUAAGCAAUAAGCAGUUAAGCACAAUGAAAAGAAAACUAAAAGUAUUUAUUUACCUAUUUUUCGACAUCAUAAAAAAGUGAGAACAGAACAUAAAAAAAAAAGUAUUUUUAGAUUGCUGUUACUGUUAGUGUCAUUAGUCAGGGACGUUCUCAAUCUUAUGUUGCUGCUAACUCUCCCUUGUGGUUGAGAGAUAUUUUUGGAUGAAGAAAUUAGAUGUGCAUUGUUACUUUGUUAGCAUGAUCUUACUUUAAUGCUUCCUUGUUAUUUACUGGGUCUGGUCUUGUAAAUCUUUUUUUGUUCAGGGUACAUUAUUAAUGAAAAGUAUAAUUCCAGUGAACAAAAAAGGAGAUUACUUGAAUUCUCUGUAUUGCUUUUUGUUUAAUAUCCCUUUUUUAUUAUUUGAGGAGCAUUUUAAACAAUUAACCUUAUCACCAUGUGUGAUUAACAAAAAUGCCAUUUCCUAUGUGUCAUCAUGAGAAUCAUUCUCACACCCUUUAUUAAAUAGCCCUUUAUUGCCUAGACUAAUUACAUAUAAUGCCAUUGCUCAUUAAAUUUAAUAAUAUGAAGAGAUUAUAUUACUAUACUAUAUGAGUUGUUAUUGCAUUACUAAAAACGUAGACAAUACCCGAGAUAACCAUUGCGUGGAAACAUCAGUAAGCUAACUUUCGUUCUUCUAUUGGUCAAAGAGAGACGUAACCGAUGGUUAUGACCUACAACAUUAUCUCUCUUUGAUCAGUGAGAAGAAGCCUUGCAUAUAUAACAUGAACCAUUUCAAGGUAUAGUUACUCACUUCAAUGGAUUUUAAUAAUUAUCGAACAAAACAUAUAUAGCCACAAAAAGAACGGUAAAAUAUAGUUAUCUAUAUUUUUAGCAUAAUAUUAGUGGAUUGAGCGAUGUGUAUGCUUCAUUAUUUUACAAAUUUUUAGUAUAAUAUUAGUGGAUUCUUCGAUGUGUAUGCUGUAUUAUUUCAUAGAAGCUAUCAUACAUAAUUUUGUUUUAAUAAAAAUUGUUGAGGUUUUUACUAUAUAUAUACGAUUCAUGUUUUAUAAGAUUCAUGUUCUUUACGAUUCAUAAAUAAAACAUGACCUUUUUUAGGACUGGAAAAUAUAAACGGUUCAGAAUUACGUUCUUCUAUAAAACUUCUUUAGGUGACAUCUAUUUUGAUUAAUAUUUUUGGAUUAUUAUGGGAUACAUGAUUUUUUUUUGGGAAUUUAUUUUAAAAGCAUCAAUAUAAACUUUUUAAAUUGUAAAAUCAAAAUGUCGUCUAUAAAAAAUCUAUUGAAUAUCUUGCGUGAUUGUAAAAUACAUCUGAAAAGGAAUUUCAUAUUAAAUUUUUUCAAUCCCUUAAAUUUUGCAACAAGACUUUUUGAUUUCGAAAUUAUAUUAAAUGGUAACAGACAAUAAAUUUGGUAAUUUAUAUCAUUCCUCUCUGAUUAAGUUUAAAGUCAAAUAUCAUUUUAUUAUGGACUUUCUUUAUUUUUGCUCCUUGCAUAUAAGACUUUCUAUAAUGUCUGGAAAUCUAAGAUUAUAAUGUUAUGCGAAAUUAAUAGGAUUAUCUGAUAUUUAUAGUCACAAAUGAUAUUUUGACCAUAUAUACGAUUCAUAUUGUUAUAAUAUGAAUAUUCUACGAUUUAUGAAUUAUACAUGACAUUUUUUAAGGUCUGGAAUGUAUAAACGAUUCAUAAUUAUGUUCUUCUAUAAUUAUUUGGUUUGUGAAAUUUAUUUUGGUUUAUUUAGAGACAAUUAUAUAUGUGAGUAAAAUUUAAUUUGAAACUGGAAAUAUAAAUAAAUUUAUAUUGUAAAAUCAAAGUGUCGUAUAUAAAAAAUUUAUAAGCAAUCUUGAGUGAUAGUAAAAUACAUUCAAAAAUUGGUGAAACUGUAUUAAAAUUUUCUAGGCUAUCUCUUAAUUUUGAUUACAAGACUUUUUGAUUACGUAAUUAACAUAAAUGUUGACAGACAUUAAAUUUGGAAAUUUAAAUUUUCCGAUUCAGUUUAAAGAAUAUGUCAUUCUUAAUGUAGACUUCCUUAAUUUUAUCACUCAGUGUAUAUUACUUUCUAUACUUGUCUGGAAAUCUACUAACAAUUAGGGAUUUGUAAUAUUGCUUUAUGGCGAAAAUUAUUUAUUUUUUCAAAUCUCGUGGGUUAAAACCCUAUCAGUUACUAUAUAUAUAUAUAUAUCAUAUCAUCCAUAUAGCUACAAUAUCACAAACUACACGUUUCAAAACUAGCAAAAAUAUAUUAAGCAUGAAUUUCAUUUCUGACUUGAAGCCAAAAAGUUUUUGUAGAAGAUUAUGGUGAAUGUCAUAAAACUUUGGAAGUAGUACUUGGCUCCUACUGGAGAAACCAUUGAAUGGUUUUCGUAGACGAAAAAAUUAGGUUUCUUAUGAUGUAUAUUCUUUAAAUCGUAAGCAAAUUAUGUGUUUAUUAUCUGAUGCUUUCAUUUGUUAUUAUAUUGUAGGGAGACAAAAUCCAUACAUCGGUUAGAAAGGACUGGUUUCACAGUUUGAUCCUUUAAUGAGACAACAAUGUUCUAAGAUUCUGUUUAAUUUUUCCUUGACACCUAACAUAUCAAGUUAUCUGAAUCAUAUGUUGUUUCCAAGAUUGAACUGAUCAAUGAUUGUAACUACAUUUGUCUAGCCAACUUCCGUUGGAUCAUUCUUGGUCUUUCUCA